AUGCUGAACUUCGAAGAUGUCGAGGAGCGCGACGGCGUACGGCUGUCUUGGAAUGUCUGGCCUUCAUCCAGGAUCGAAGCGACGCGCACGGUGGUGCCGAUAUCGGCCUUAUACACUCCGUUGAAACAGCGCGAGGACCUUCCACCCGUCUUGUAUGAGCCGGUGACAUGCAAACCUCCUUGCCGCGCGGUGCUUAAUCCAUAUUGUCAGAUCGAUAUCCGCGGUAAAUUAUGGAUCUGUCCAUUCUGUCUGCAGCGCAAUGCCUUCCCCCCUCACUACAAGGAUAUCUCGAACACUAAUCUUCCCGCUGAACUCCUGCCAAAAUACACCACAAUCGAGUACACCCUUUCUCGCCCCGCACAGGUUCCCCCGAUAUUCUUGUUUGUCGUGGACACAUGUCUGGACGAGGACGAUCUCAAGGCUCUCCGUGAUGCGCUUGUUGUCAGUCUCAGCCUGAUCCCGCCAUUUGCUCUGGUUGGUUUGAUCACAUACGGCACUAUGACACAAGUGCAUGAGUUAGGCUAUGCUGAGUGCAGCAAGUCAUAUGUGUUCCGAGGCGGCAAGGAGUACUCGCCAAAGCAUAUCCAAGACAUGCUGGGACUGAGCUCGCAGAACCGCGCAGCACCGCGUCCCGGCCAACCGUUACAGACAUUCGGUGCUGCUCGCUUCCUCCUGCCAGUGUCGCAAUGCGAGUUUCAGCUCACCGGUAUCCUCGAGGCGCUUGCUAGAGACCCGUGGCCGGUUGCCAACGACAAGCGGCCGCUGCGCUGCACUGGUGUUGCGGUCAGUGUUGCGGUUGGGCUGCUCGAAACGACAUUUCCGAACACGGGCGCACGCAUCAUGGUGUUUUCGGGUGGACCCGCGACCGAGGGGCCUGGCAUGGUCGUUAACAACGAGUUGAAGGAGCCGAUCCGUUCGCAUCAUGAUAUUGAUCGGGACAGCGCGAAGCAUUACAAGCGCGCGAUCAAGUUUUACGAAGGUCUUGCAAAGCGUGUGUCGAACAACGGUCAUAUCGUCGACCUGUUUGCGGGAUGUCUGGACCAGGUUGGCUUGUUGGAAAUGAAGUCGCUACCCAAUUCGACAAACGGUGUCAUUGUUCUGUCAGACUCCUUCGCGACGUCCAUCUUCAAACAGAGCUUCCUACGCAUAUUCAACAAGGAUGAACAAGGCCACCUUGAAAUGGGCUUCAAUGCAACCUUUGAUGUACAGACAACUAAGGAGCUGAAGGUUUCUGGUCUCAUUGGUCAUGCCAUCUCAUCGGGCAAGAAGUCGGCAUGUGUUGGCGAGACAGAGAUCGGUAUCGGGCAGACGUCUGCAUGGAAAAUCAACGCGAUUACCCCUCGCACAGCUGAAGCGGUGUAUUUCGAGGUUGUCACCCCGGCUGGUCAGCCCUUGCAGCCCGGGUCGCGGGGACUUAUCCAGUUCGUGACGCACUACCAGCACUCGUCCGGCCAGCAGCGACUGCGCGUCACGACGAUUGCGCGCAACUUUGCCGAGGCAGGUUCGCCAAGUAUCGCGGCGUCAUUCGACCAGGAGGCGGCGGCGGUGUUGAUGGCGCGGAUCGCGGUAUUCAAAGCAGAGAUUGAUGACUCGCCGGAUGUGCUGCGCUGGCUGGACCGCAUGCUGAUCCGGCUGUGCCAGAAGUUUGCCGACUACCGGAAGGAGGACCCGGCGAGCUUCCGGCUGUCGGACAACUUCAGCAUCUACCCGCAAUUCAUGUUCCACUUGCGGAGAAGUCAAUUCUUGCAGGUGUUCAACAACAGUCCGGACGAGACAGCGUUCUACCGACAUGUUCUGAACGAGGAAGAUGUUAAUAACUCGCUCAUCAUGAUACAGCCGACACUCAUGUCGUACACGUUCGACACUCAGUCGCAGCCUGUCUUGCUGGACAGUGUGUCCAUCAAGCCAGAUGUCAUCCUGUUGCUCGAUACUUUCUUCCACAUUCUCAUUUUCCAUGGAGAGACGAUUGCCCAGUGGCGCAAGGCGGGUUACCAAGAUCAAGAGGGCUACGAGAACUUCAAGGAGGUCCUGGAGGGACCCGUUGGGGAUGCACAGGAUUUGCUUGUUGACCGAUUCCCGAUUCCGCGAUACAUUGUUUGUGAUCAGGGUGGCAGUCAGGCAAGAUUCUUGUUGUCAAAAUUGAACCCAUCGACGACGCAUAUGUCGACCAGCAUGUACGGCACAGCUGCCGGUGCUGGUGCAGGACAGGCUAUUUUCACAGACGAUGUGAGCUUGCAGGUCUUCAUGGACCACCUGAAGCGUUUGGCUGUCGGGGCUCAGACAAAUUAG